CUCCUUGUCCCCUCCCCGCCGGCAGGUCCCAAACUCAGGUCCCGGCGCGUUGGUUUCCUCCCGCGGCCCGGAGCUGCUUCCUGUCCCCGCUGCCGCCACCGCCACCGCCACCGCCACCGCGCAGCGCCCGCCCUGCCGCCGGUUCGAGGCCGGCCCGGGCCGGGGCCGGGGCCGAGGGCGGGUGCCUGUCGGCCGGCGGGGGUUUGUCUGUCGGCCGGCGGGGGUCCGUCGGUCGCCGGGCGGCGCGGAUUGGCGCAGCCGGCGCACGUGGGGCCGCCCUCACGCCUCGGCGCUGGCAGCGCGGCGGCCGCCGCCGCGGGAGCUCCGUGCGGGGCGGCGCGGCACCCGGCCGCGGCGAGGAGGGCGGCGGGACCCAGCCGAGUCGAGCGGAGCCCAGCCGGCACGAAGGAUUGUUAAAGUGCAAAAUUGGAAAGUGUUUCAGUUCCACUUCAACCUUGCUGGUGUAAUUUUGAGGAAGAGAAGAGCAAACAUUUGGCCAUGUGUAAUCCACACUUGGAAACUCCCUCUUGGCAGUUAGAAAUUCAAGGAUGUUAACAAACUGUCUCUUGAAUCAUUUGCUUUGUGGGCCAUUAUGCAAGGACAUCGACUUGCCCUCUUGAUUUGAAGAUGCUUAGAGAGUGUCAGUCUGCUAUAUCUGAUCUACAAUGAAUGCCAAAUCUGCAAUCAACAAAGAAAUAUUUGCCCCACAUGAUGAAAGGAUGCUGGGAGCUGUCCAAGUAAAAAGAAGAACGAAAAAAAAGAUUCCUUUUCUAGCUACUGGGGGUCAGGGUGAAUAUUUAACAUACAUCUGCCUGUCAGUGACAAACAAGAAACCGGCUCAAGCUUCUAUUACGAAGGUCAAGCAAUUUGAAGGCUCUACGUCUUUUGUCAGGAGAACGCAGUGGAUGCUCGAGCAGCUACGCCAGGUCAAUGGUAUAGAUCCUAACCGGGAUUCUCCGGAAUUUGAUUUACUAUUUGAAAAUGCUUUUGACCAGUGGGUAGCAAGCACAGCUUCAGAAAAAUGCACAUUCUUUCAGGUUCUUCAUCACACUUGUCAGCGAUACCUUACAGACAAGAAACCAGAAUUUAUCAACUGCCAAUCUAAAAUUAUGGGAGGAAACAGCAUACUCCAUUCAGCAGCAGACAGUGUGACAAGUGCAGUGCAGAAGGCAAGUCAAGCUUUGAAUGAGCGCGGUGAAAGGCUAGGUCGAGCAGAAGAAAAGACAGAGGAGCUGAAAAACAGUGCUCAGCAGUUUGCAGAAACUGCACACAAGCUUGCAAUGAAGCACAAGUGCUGAGAUACUGCCCAACGCUGAAAUCUUCCUGAGAGAAACUGAAGUCUAGAUUCAGCAGUUUUUACAGGAGAUCAAGACUUGUGUGCUUUUUUUCCUUCCAGUUCAGUGGAAAUGCAUUCUUUCAGUUUCUGUGCAGGAAAAAAUGUUGCAUUUCUACCUUUUUGACUUAUAUUUUGUUCCUUUUUUGUAAUACUGCUAUACAGUCCUGCAGUACUUUGUACCUGUAUUUCUGUUGUUACAGGAGCUAAAGUAAAUGGGAACUGGACCAAAUGACAAGCUGAUCAGGAUUAAAAUAGUAAUAUUCUUCCCCAAUACUCUUUCCUAAUACUGUACGAUACUCUUUCCUGAUAUUGUAUAGCAAAGUUAUUAACUGGGUAUGGACGUUUGUGUGGAAAUAACAUCCAAAAAGGGG